AGGGAGCCCGCGCACUCUGCAGGAGCUGCAGCCACCGACGCCCGCGCCUCUAAGGUCUCACCGCUUCCUCAGCAGAGACCUGGGCUCGGCCGCCAUGUCCGCCACGGAGGAGGUUGACGGGCUGAGCGUGUUCCGGCCGCACUAUGGCUCUGUCCUGGAUAAUGAGAGACUCACUGCGGAGGAGAUGGAUGAAAGGAGGCGGCAGAAUGUGGCUUAUGAAUACCUUUGUCACUUGGAAGAAGCCAAGAGGUGGAUGGAAGCAUGCCUGGGGGAAGACCUGCCUCCUACCACAGAGCUGGAGGAGGGCCUUCGAAACGGGGUCUACCUCGCCAAACUCGGGAACUUCUUCUCUCCCAAAGUGGUGUCCUUGAAGAAAAUCUACGACCGGGAGCAGACCAGAUACAAGGCGACUGGCCUCCACUUCCGACACACGGAUAAUGUGAUUCAGUGGUUGAAUGCCAUGGACGAGAUUGGCUUGCCUAAGAUUUUUUACCCAGAAACUACAGAUAUCUAUGACCGAAAGAACAUGCCACGAUGUAUCUAUUGUAUCCAUGCACUCAGUUUGUACCUGUUCAAACUAGGCCUGGCUCCUCAGAUUCAGGACCUGUAUGGAAAGGUUGACUUCACGGAAGAAGAAAUCAACAACAUGAAGAUUGAGCUGGAGAAGUACGGGAUCCAGAUGCCUGCCUUCAGCAAGAUCGGGGGCAUCCUGGCCAACGAGCUCUCCGUGGACGAAGCUGCACUACAUGCUGCCGUUAUCGCUAUUAACGAAGCUGUGGACCGUAGAAUUCCCGCUGACACAUUUGCAGCUUUGAAAAACCCCAACGCCAUGCUUGUCAAUCUUGAAGAGUCCUUGGCUUCCACCUACCAGGACGUCCUCUACCAGGCCAAGCACGACAAAACGACAAAUGCCAGAAACAGGACAGAAAACUCUGAGAGAGAGAGGGACGUUUAUGAGGAGCUGCUCACUCAAGCGGAAAUUCAAGGCAACGUAAACAAAGUCAACACGUUUUCUGCGUUAGCAAACGUGAACCUGGCUUUGGAUCAGGGAAGCGCCCUGGCCCUGUUCCGGAUUCUGCAGUCCCCAGCACUGGGCCUCCGGGGGCUGCAGCAGCAGAACAGUGACUGGUACCUGAAGCAGCUCCUGAGCGACAGGCAGCAGAAGAGACAGAGUGGCCAGGCUGAUGCCCUGCAGAAGGAGGAGCUCCAGGCUGCGGUGGAUGCUGCCAACAGUGCCGCCCAGCAGUACCAGAGAAGGCUGGCAGCCGUGGCGGCCAUCAACGCUGCCAUCCAGAAGGGCGUGGCUGAGAAGACGGUUCUGGAACUGAUGAACCCCGAAGCCCAGCUGCCCCAGGUGUAUCCAUUUGCUGCUGAUCUUUACCAGAAGGAGCUGGCUACGCUGCAGCAGCAGAGCCCUGAACAUAGCCUCACCCACCCCGAGCUCUCUGUGGCCGUGGAGAUGCUGUCGUCCGUGGCCCUCAUCAACAGGGCCCUGGAGUCGGGAGACAUGAACACGGUGUGGAAGCAGCUGAGCAGUUCCGUGACGGGCCUGACCAACAUCGAGGAGGAGAACUGUCAGAGGUAUCUCGAUGAGCUGAUGAAGCUGAAAGACCAGGCACAUGCAGAGAAGAACGAGUUUAUUACGUGGAACGACAUCCAGGCUUGCGUGGACCACGUGAAUCUGGUGGUGCAGGAGGAGCAUGAGAGGAUUUUAGCCAUCGGCUUAAUUAACGAAGCCCUGGACGAAGGUGAUGCCCAAAAGACCCUGCAGGCCCUGCAGAUUCCUGCAGCCAAACUGGAGGGCGUCCUGGCAGGAGUGGCCCAGCAUUACCAAGACACGCUGAUCCGAGCAAAGAGAGAGAAAGCCCAGGAAACCCAGGAUGAGUCCGCCGUGUUAUGGUUGGAUGAAAUUCAAGGUGGAAUCUGGCAGUCCAACAAAGACACCCAGGAAGCACAGAGGUUUGCCGUAGGAAUCUUUGCCAUUAACGAGGCCGUGCAGAGUGGCGAUGUUGGUAAAACGCUGAGUGCCCUUCGUUCCCCGGAUGUCAGCCUGUACGGAGUCAUCCCUGAGUGUUGUGAAACGUACCAGAGUGACCUCGCAGAAGCCAGGAAGAAAAAGUUGGCAGCAGGCGACAACAACAGCAAGUGGGUGAAGCACUGGGUGAAAGGCGGAUAUUAUUAUUACCACAACCUGGACACGCAGGAAGGAGGAUGGGAUGAGCCCCCAGGCUUUGUGCAGAACUCCACGCAGCUCUCGCGGGAGGAGAUCCAGAGUUCCAUCUCCGGGGUGACGACGGCGUACAACCGAGAGCAGCUCUGGCUGGCCAACGAGGGCUUGAUCACCAGGCUGCAGGCGUGCUGCCGCGGGUACCUCGUCCGACAGGAGUUCCGCUCCAGGUUGAAUUUCCUGAAGAAACAGAUUCCCGCCAUCACCUGCAUCCAGUCGCAGUGGAGAGGAUACAAGCAGAAGAAGGCCUAUCAGGACCGUCUAGCGUACCUGCGCUCCCAUAAAGAUGAAGUCGUGAAGAUCCAGUCCCUGGCGAGGAUGCAUCAGGCGAGAAAGCGCUAUAGAGAUCGCCUGCAGUACUUCCGAGAUCACAUAAAUGACAUUGUCAAAAUCCAGGCUUUUAUUCGGGCAAACAAAGCUCGCGACGACUACAAGACUCUCAUCAAUGCCGAGGACCCGCCGAUGGUCGUGGUGCGGAAGUUUGUCCACCUGCUCGACCAGAGUGACCAGGAUUUCCAGGAGGAGCUGGAUCUCAUGAAGAUGCGGGAGGAGGUCAUCACCCUCAUCCGCUCCAACCAGCAGCUGGAGAACGACCUCAACCUCAUGGAUAUCAAAAUCGGACUGCUGGUGAAAAACAAGAUCACGCUGCAGGAUGUGGUUUCCCACAGUAAAAAACUUACCAAAAAAAAUAAGGAACAGUUGUCUGAUAUGAUGAUGCUAAAUAAACAGAAGGGAGGUCUCAAGGCUUUGAGCAAGGAGAAGAGAGAGAAAUUGGAAGCUUAUCAGCACCUGUUUUAUUUAUUGCAGACCAACCCCACCUAUCUGGCCAAGCUGAUUUUUCAGAUGCCCCAGAACAAGUCCACCAAGUUCAUGGACUCGGUGAUCUUUACCCUCUACAACUACGCCUCCAACCAGCGGGAGGAGUACCUGCUGCUGCGGCUCUUCAAGACGGCUCUCCAGGAAGAGAUCAAGUCAAAAGUGGACCAGAUUCAAGAGAUCGUGACAGGAAACCCUACCGUUAUUAAGAUGGUUGUCAGUUUCAACCGUGGCGCUCGGGGUCAGAACGCCCUGCGGCAGAUCUUGGCCCCGGUCGUGAAGGAGAUUAUGGACGACAAAUCCCUCAACAUCAAAACUGACCCCGUGGAUAUCUACAAGUCGUGGGUUAACCAGAUGGAGUCUCAGACAGGAGAGGCAAGCAAACUCCCCUAUGACGUGACUCCCGAGCAGGCUCUGGCUCACGAAGAGGUCAAGACACGUCUCGACAACUCCAUCAGGAACAUGCGGGCCGUGACAGACAAGUUCCUCUCCGCCAUCAUCAGUUCCGUGGACAAAAUCCCCUACGGGAUGCGCUUCAUCGCCAAAGUGCUGAAGGACUCGCUACAUGAGAAGUUCCCCGAUGCUGGUGAGGAUGAGCUGCUGAAGGUAAGACUCGGGAAGCUGGCACAGCCCAGCCCUUCCGGUAGACCUUUGAGGAAACAGUGA